GAAUCUAUUUCUACCCUGGAAAUUGUCCCAAACCAAAUCGUUUCAAGACCCUGGACGUCUUUCAAGUUUACUUGUAUUGCCAGCCUUGGUGAACGUCCAUCCGUCAUAAUUGUUCGCGACCGUAAGCCCAUUGAAACUGAUCCGCGGUACACAAUUAGACAAAUCGAAGAGAACGCGAUUGAAGUAACAUCUCCCCAUGGAUUAGCAAGUCUUGGACCCAAUGACCAACUAGCGUGUGAGACGAUUACGGGCCAGCAAAAGGAAGUGCCCAUCGUCAUUACUAACCCGUGCCGUCAUGGCCAACUGUCCUGCAAGGAUGGAACUUGCAUUUCUUCGAACGAAUUCUGCAACGGACGCGUGGACUGCAGUGAUGGAUCUGACGAAUCGCACACCGCAUGUCCAGAUACACCGACCGGGGUGCGCGUGAUUCCAGAAAGAAUUACCACACCACCAUGGAGCGAAUUCGUUUUCUAUUGUACGGACACUAUGAGCGGGGACCCACCAACGGCAGUCAUGGCUGACAGUCGGAAACGCGUGGAUUCAGACCCGAGGUUCCGAGUGACGCGGGUCAAUUCCAGCACAGCUGAAAUCACAGCAACGCACGGCCUUCGUGGUUCAGAGGACAGCAUGAGUGUUGAGUGCAUUUCGAAGAAAGGUGACAGCGCAACCGUGCUCAUCGUAGUUGAGGAUCGCUGUGGCCCUAGAAGGCUUCAAUGUCGCAAUGGAGAUUGCUUGCCAUCCAGCAGCUUUUGUGACCAAAAUUUCGAUUGCUCAGACGGCUCUGAUGAGGGGACACCUCAUUGCCAGCAACUGGAGGAAACACUGACGGUCACUCCCGGCCACAUCCGCAAUCCCCCAUGGGUGCCAUUCUCGUUCACUUGUAUUGCUCCAAUGGGACAGAAACCCGAUGUUGUUUUCGCAGCUGACAAGAGACCUGUAGAAGACGACCCGCGAUUCGCCGUUCGGCGUAUCAAUAUCAGCACAAUCGAAGUCACGGCUGAACGCGGAUUGCAUGGUGACCAAGCGGUUGUUUUGUUCGAGUGUGUCACUCCAAGUGGACUGCACAGGAAAGUGUCCGUUUUAAUCGACGACAUGUGCAAACCGAACUCAAUGCAAUGCCGUGAUGGCCGCUGUCGGCCAAUUGACAACUUUUGCGACGGAAAACCCGAUUGCACCGACGGAUAUGACGAGUUAAGGGAGUUCUGUGAAGGUAAGACGGACUCGCUGCUAAAGAAUCCUAAGUAA